ACAUCAUCGGGAGCACAACCCGGUACAUACUUGGUAUGGCGGCACAGGAGACAAGUUAGUGGCAAUGCGGGGUCGCUUGUGCAUGAAGUUCUAUUUCCCUAUACUAGAGAUACGAGAGCCAGAUUCUGAACAAUCGUGGUUAACGCAGGAGUGCACGCCCCCCAAUUGUUCGGAGGAAAUUCAACAUAGAGAUGGAACUGCCUGAGAAGAACAUCCCGACUCGAGCGUUGGUAGUCGAAAAGCCUGGUUCACCUUUCAUUCUACAAGACGUCACGUUAGAUGAGGUUCGUGACAAUGAAGUUUUGGUUGAGAUGAAAUAUACAGGUCUAUGUCAUACGGACAUCGUGGUCCAGCAAGGUCUCAUGCCCGUUGGAGACUAUCCCGCAAUUCUCGGGCAUGAAGGAGCUGGUAUCGUGCGGAGAAUUGGUCGCUCAGUGAAGGACAAGUCUCUGAUAGUCGGCGACGAAGUUCUGCUAAGUUUCAGUUCUUGCGGAAACUGCUCGUAUUGUGCCCAGAGCCAGAACGGCUCAUGUCCUCACAUAACGGCUAUCAACUUCACUGGCACUCGGCUCGCAGAUGGCAGCAAUCCAGCAAGGUUACAUGACGGUACUGCCGUCCGGAGCAAGUUCUUUGGGCAGUCCUCGUUCAGCAAGUUGGCUGUCGUGUCGGAAACUUCGAUUUUAAAGUGUGAGCUGAGUAGCGAGGAAUUUGCAAUCAUGGCACCGAUGGGUUGUGGCUACUACACCGGGGCUGGGACCGUAAUGAGGGUUUUGCGUCCAAAACAGGAGACGACAUUUGCUAUCUUGGGCAUGGGAGCCGUAGGCCUAAGUGCUUUGAUGACUGCGAAAGCUAUGGGAGUGCAGCGCGUCAUAGCAGUUGACAUCUUAGACACGAAACUGGAUCUAGCCGUUUCGCUCGGAGCCUCAGAUAUCAUCAAUUCGGGUAGAAUCACCAGUAUAUCAGCGGCUAUCAAAGAUCUCGUCAGUGAGGGAGUCAAUCAAAUUUUGGACACCACGGGGCUGGGUUUUUUGAUCGAAGACGGCAUCCGUGCUCUCGGUCACGGGGGUACCUUUGCGCUUGUUGGAACGCCGCGUCCAGGACAAAGUAUCGCAAUCGAUCCUUUGGACUUCUUCCUUUCGUGUAAACGCAUUAUCGGCGUGAUUGAAGCAGCAUCGAAUCCUGUUCAGGUGAUUCCUGAGCUUGUGGAUUUACACCGGAAAGGACUGUUUCCAAUUGAAAAGCUUUCACACUUGUACUCCGUUAAUGGGCUUGACCAAGCCUUGGUGGACCUCAAAGCGGGGACGGUUGUAAAGCCGAUACUAUCAUGGGAGUCUGUUUAGCUAGAAGAAUAGUUGUUAAUAAGUAAUUUGCCUAACCAAUUAACAAUGAAAAAUGCCUG